UCGGAUUGCAUUAUUUUUAAUAUUCAACUAAUUUGAUUUGAUGGUAAAAUAAAUAUGGAGUAUCUUAAUAAAUUAAUGUUGAUGAAAGCUGGAUUUUCGAACAUUGAAAUACCUUCGGACAUUUCGUGCCAGAAGGAUUGUCCAACAUACUUAAGGAAAUUUAUUGGCAACAAUCAAAUUGAUUUUAUUUAUAAACAUAUCGAUGUAGAAGAAGAUCUAUCAAUUACUGUGGAUACUCUCGACUUUAAUCAUACUAGUGAAAGCUUAGAUGGAAAUCCACUAAAAUUAGAAUUGGCAGAUGAGUCUUUCAAUGAUGUCAUGGUUGAGUAUAAAAGUGCAGCAAAAGUUCAAUUAUGGCAUAAAAGUGAAGCAAAACAUGGUUUUAUGCUACGGAAAGAUUCAAUAUUGAUUAUGAACAAUUUCUUAUCAAAAUGGAACAACCAAAAUGAUUACCAAUGGAUUUGGUUUUUGGUUGAUGCAAAAGAUUAUAUUUUGUUUGGAUCGAGGCAUCUUAAUGGUUGGUGGUUCAAUGCUCGUGUUAAACCAAUGCCUUCUGUUUUAUAUAAUGAUAUAAACUUGAAUGUAUUGUUGGAAAACUACAUUAAACAACAUAAGUUGGAAUAUAAUGAUGUAACUGUUAAUGUUUCUGUGGAGUAUGAUUUACGAAGUAAUGAUAUUGAAACUUUUGAUGAAGAAAAUUUAUCAGUACCCCCACCAAUGAAACUUCUAGCUUAUUGGAAUGAAUUAUCAUUGACCAUUCCAUUAUCAGGAAAGACAAUACUGCGGCAAGAUCUAUCUGUUGGGAGUGAGUCGAAAUCAAAACAUUUAUGGAAUGAAUUAUGUAUAGUUCAAGAGCUUUAUGAUUUAAUAAAGAAACAUCAAAAUACUUCAAGUGAUAUGAUAUAUAAAAUUAUCAUGCCUAGUAGCAGUGAUCCUGAUUUAUAUGUACCAGUCGAGGAAAAGUUACAAGAAAUGUUGCAUCAAGAUCAUGAUUAUGACAUAGAACCAGCAGAAGAAAUCCAAAGUUUUAAUCGAAUUGUAUUUAAUGGCCGGCUACAUCUUAGUUUUUGUGAUAAAAUUUGGACCAUUCUAAAAGAUGUAUCUUGUUAUUCACAAUUAGUCAAAUGCUUCAAUAUAAUUUUCAGUACAAUAGCUCAUGGAAAAGUUAAUAUACAGACUGAAGAAAAUACAAAUACACGAUUAGAAAGCCUAGUUUAUGAUGUAUUUCAUCAUAGAGCUGCCAUCCCACAUUUAUCUGGUUUACAACCUCUUGAACUCCUACUCGAGGCUGGAGUUGAGAAAUUGUGCAAGGAUUAUAUUUAUUUCUUUGAGACAUAUAAACUCUACCAUAAUAAACUACCUUUCUAUGAAAUCCCAAAAGAAACAUCAUCGAACAUUGCAUACAGUAUGAUGAAACCUAGAUUAACUAUUCCAUCCAAAUCAAGCAAAGCAAAAGUUUUUAAUAGUUCUUUGAUGCAAUAG